CAUGAUGGAGUUUGAUUGCUGUUGUUUUUCCUCCUCCACUAGAAUAGUAAGGAAAGUUCCAGAUCUUGCAGAAAACUUUGUAAAUGCCGCUUCUUCCUUGCUCAAAGAAAAGCAUAAUGGGGUUCUUAUAACGGGAGUUCAACUUUGUUAUGAACUAUGCACGAUCAAUGAUGAGGCCCUAGAAUACUUUAGAAAGAAAUGCACGGAGGGGCUGAUAAAAACUUUGAGGGAUAUUACAAAUAGCUCAUAUCAGCCUGAGUAUGAUGUUGCAGGGAUCACGGACCCUUUUCUUCACAUACGGUUACUUAAGCUCUUGCGUGUUUUAGGCCACGGUGACGCUGAUGCUAGUGACUUGAUGACUGAUAUUCUUGCCCAGGUGCAA